UCCAUGUGUCAUGGCGGUAAAAGUGGUAUAAAAGCAUUUAGCGUAUUAUUUUAUUGAUCGACAAUUUUAUUAUUUUUAUGUAUAAAAAAUGCCUGGAUCAAUUAUUGAAAGUAUCCUUUCGGGAAAAUUGGAAUGUGAUUUGCUAUGCAGAUGGUUAAAAAACGACCCGAUUGAGGCUGCAUCAGAUGACUGUGUUUUAGUAUGUUCGAAUAGAAAUGAAUUUGUGGUGUAUUUUCUGUCUUAUCUGAGGACUCAAACUGACAGCAUUUUACAAACAAACAGCAAUGCCUUACCGCUACUACAGCACCAAGGAACACCUGAAAAAUCCCUUGGCCAGCGUCAACACCACCGCUCAAUAAGUGACCCUACCUGUGACAAUGACAAGUCAAAUGACAGUCUCACAGUCAAAUCCGACAAAAAAACCCAGGAAUCCCCAAACAGAGAGCGUAAGAAACAGGGUCGACGCGUCAAAACAAAACUGUUCACAGAUGAAAAAAGCAAAGAGCACAAUCAAUCUUUAUCCUCAGAUGAAUCAAGAGUUAGCAUUGGAGUUGAAAGACUCAUGCUGUCAAGCACUCCAAUGAAAAACGGUUUCAAAGAGUAUCCUCAACCUUUGACGAGCCCUGUGACACCUCAUUCCCGUUCUUUCAACUUUGAAAGAUGCGACACUCCCAGACUAGUAAGGCAUUCCAGAUCGCAAGAUAAAAGUGUCAGCUUAGCUGACUAUUUGGUCAACGUUCAACCUAAAAGUUCCAAAAAGAGACGUUCUAAAAAUAUGUCUAAUGAUGACAGUGAAACAAAAGUCGAUUUAGAUUUGAGUAAUUCUGAGAUUUUUCCUGAAAUUGGUGCAAGAAAAUCUAGUUCACUUAAAUCUGAAAGAAGAAGAAUCAAGCCAACCAAUAUAGACAGGAGUAAAAAAAGUUAUUCACUUAACAGUUUCACACCAGAAGCAUUUCAGCAGCCUUCACUGGGUUUGGAAGAAAAUUUAGCAUUUAAGCCCAAACUGCAACCGAAAGAAUCAUCCAAUACUUUUGAGGCUGAAAGAAAUAUCCUUAAACAGGAAAGGCAUAAAUUAAUGGAAAAAUUUAACAUUCUACACACAUCCACAUCACCUAAAGUGACUACGCCACACACCAAAAUAACUCAAAAAGAUUCAAUUGAGAAAAACCAUAAUUAUAUAGAAGCCGAUUUUAAUAAAGUCAUGUAUAAAGAAAAAAUAGAUAUCUUGGUCGAAAUAUACGACGUUUUAUUGAAAAAUAAUCUAAUAUUAAACGUCAAUACAGAAAUAUAUUUUCUUAUAACUAUUCUGUUGUCGAAGCAAUUAGAGGAAGAUUAUAGACUCUCUGAAUCUCAAAUGCAAGUAAAUAUGUGUGAUAAUAUACUUAAACCAGUACACAAUAGUACAUAUUUUGCAGUGAAAUCAUUAUGGAAUGAACGAGGUAUAUUAGAAGUGAUCUUAGACAAGAAUUCCCUUAAAAUAUUGGGUGAGAAUAAGAAAGUUCGAAGUUUUUACCCAGAAUUGGCCAAGUUUUUGCUGAAUUCUUAUGGAUUGAAAUGUGAAGCUGAGUCAAAUUCUGACAGGUCUAAACUAGUGUCUGAUAGUAGGUGUUCAAAUGGCAUGGUGUGCUUUAACCUUGAGACUGACAAUGCAGAGAAUUUUCCGUCCAUCCUUAGCUUCCAGAAUUUCAAAAAACAGAGGGAUAUGUUUUACGAGAUUUUGAGAUGGUAUCAAGACAGUCAGAAUGCAGGCCUAUCUCGUUCGAUUCUUCGAGCGCGUAUCAAAGCCCUGCUGUGCACGGGCACGAGCGCCGCCAACUACGCGCACCUGGCGGCUCUGUUCACGCAGAUGCUGCUGGACUCACUGCCACCCAACGAACAGGAAUCGAAGCUAAGUAAGCUCCAAAGAAGACUGACCUGUCCAUCUGCGUCGGAAUCCAAUCGACUUCCACAUUUCUCUGAUAAGGAAAUGUUUUAUAAGGAAUUCGUAAUGUUCUCGGAGAAUGAGAGUUUUAGAGUGCAUCUACGCGAUGCGUUGGCUUCCGAAAUUAUUGCGUUGGACAGCACACCACUUGGCAAUGAAUCUUCCAACGAAGCAGAUAUAUCCAAAGAAUUCCUCCAGAUUUCAAAAAAGCUAGGUCUUUUAUCCAAAUUUCUGGGAUAUCUAACCUCUUUGCCAUAUGCUCAAAUACCGGUGGAUAUUUUACUGAAAACAGGCACAUUGAAUGUGGGCAGUCAAAAGGAAAUAUUUACAGCGCCUAAGGAAAAAGUUUUGGAAAAUAACAUAGCGUUGAGAAACUAUAGCCAACCAGCCAUAGAUUUAAACGGGCUUCUAACCACAGCCUACGAAAACGGCCGACUCAGCGUAACCCUACCAUGGAUUGUCCACUACAUAUCCAUGCUAGACUACACUACCCUGCGCCUCAAAUACUACCAAAACCUACUAAACAUACUAUUCCACAUAUACAAACUAAAAUUCAAACAUAUAAAGAAAAACACAUUAAUAUAUCUCAAAUCUGCAUUAGGCUGGCUGUUCGACUUACCGCAUUUCCCUCAAGAAGCGUUUUACGAAAAGUCCGAAUGUUCUGUGAUAAAUUUUAACAUCGACAAUAUUGAUAUCAAAAUAAUCGAUUCUUACGAUUUGGUCGAUGAAUCGAUUUUAUUCGAACUCUGUCCUUAUUUGAAAGAUGUUAACGUAUUGGUAUCGACGUCGCGAAUUAUUCACGACAAAGAUACGGGUAGUUUUAGACAUAUAACGCCUGUGAGUUUGAGCAUGAAUUCCGAAGACCGAAUACGGAGUAAAGAAAAGGAAUUGCAGAUUCGUCUAGAAGAAGAGCUGAUCAAAAGUCAGCCGUCAUCGACGCGCCGAGUGCUGGAGCUGGUAACAGAGCGGGUGGCAUCGGGCGCGGUAAAGGAUCUCACUGCACACGCCUUGGCUGAGGCAAGGCGGAAGGCAAGGAAGAACGCUAUCGAUAUCGUCCACAAUUGUAAAGAUAAGACAUUGCUCCUACCAACCCUACAAGCGAUGUACAAUGAGUGUUUAUCGCGAUUGCGCUCAGAGGCGUUGGAGGCGUGUCGGUCCAACGUGCGACAGCGAGUGUCCACCGCGCUGGUCGCCUUGCUGCCCAACGCCCCGCCGCCCCUGCACGCCGUUGCCGCUAGAUCCUGUUACAGCCGCCUGACCAAGUGGACCAACGAUCAUUGGUCCACUACAGCGGUCCUGUGUAAGAACAUAGAAGAAGAGAUGAACUCUUUACUGGCGCUGGGCGACAGCGCGAAUGUGACUCCCAACACAGAAACAGCCUCCGUGCUCGCUGCAGAGUUCGACAGCAUGCACAGCCCGGCGCACACCAUUAUCACUCUUAAGGAACAAAUAAGUCUUUUGCUGGACUACGAGGAAAUCCCGGAUCCGUCUGCAGUGCUGGAGUCUUGCGUGAACUGCUGCCAAGCCUCCAACGUGCUGAGUCGGCCGCCCGCGCAGAGGGCGAUACUGCAGCUUUCUAUUGACUUCUGCUUAGUUUACUUAAGCAGACACAAAUCCAAGAUAAGCGAGAUUCUGCCCAAACUACACACAAUAUGGGACACCUGUUGUCCUGAUCGCAAACGCAACACCCCUGAAGAUCUGGACCCCCCGGAAAGGAGGUUGGAACUGUCCCCGACCUUUCGGAACUUCGAAGACGAGCGCGCCCCCACUCCUCAGUCUGAUGAAGAGGUCAUUGAGAUUAAGGAGAUCAAGAUCAUUGAAGUUAAGGAAGUUAAAGUUCUACCAUCAGUAGAAACCCCAUUAAAACAAGCACAGGAGUCAGAAUCGAACGGUCUGUUGGAGUUCUUCGACCGCAUACUAUGUCCGCGCAACAUAGUGUUACUGAGUGAUACGAAAUGCAAGGCUAGUGAAGUUUGGGAGGCUCUGGCCGAUGUGUUGGUGUUUUUACUCAAGAACGACUAUUUGACUGAGGAUUCUUUGACAGAGCAAUGUUUAGCUGUUUACAGACAGGACUGGCCGCAGAAUAUUCUGGAAAACUUAUCAACCUGUAUGAAGUCAGUGUCUUCGCGAUGGUCCAGGUCGUCCACGGGGAAGUUCACGUUGUUUUUAGACUUUUUAGCGGACUAUUGCAAUGAUAUGGACUAUGAUCUAGUUGAAUAAGUGUAUUUACGACAACACAUCACAAUAUGUAACAACAGAGUAGUUUAAAUGCUACUUGCAUAUAUGAUGUAGUGUAUACAUUUUUAUCAAUUUAAUCGUGCGUAAAUAGAUUUUAGAGUGAAAAAUAUAUGACAAAUAAUAUAACAUAGCAACACCAAUUUGAAUGUCUUAUAUAAAUGUUAGGUAUUUCGCGAAUACGUAGACUAGAUGAAAAAGCUAGAUUUAUGAACGUAUUAUCAAAAACAUUUUAAAUCUCAACCAUAGACUUAGGAGAUUUAUAGAGCAUAUUUUGACUUUGCUCAGAUUUUACGUAUGGUUAAAAAGACACAAAUCUGUCUCGUUUUAACUCUGUGCAAAAUCAAAGUGUACUCUAUAGAUCUGUGAAAAAGAGAAUAAACAAACUAUUUAAGCUACUUAGAUAAAGACGAAUUUUAUUACUACUCAUUUUUAUUAUAAUAUAUGAAAAUUGCGUUUCUUUGGUUUCUCAUCUUUUCAUGAACAUUGAUGAGUACUUUGUUAAUUUUUUUCUCGUUCAGAAUAUUAAUUAAAACAAAAUAUUAUAUUAGUAAAAUAAAGAAGUAAGAAUAUUAUUAAAUUCAUUUGUAUAGCAACGUUUUUGUAAAUAUUUUGUAAUAGUUUUUUUAGCAUAUUUUUAAUUAUUAUUUUUUAGAAUUUGUGAUUCAUAUUGAAACAGAAAUACUUCGGGCAUUUUUUCAAUUAUCUAGUGUGUUUCACGUGUUUGAGUUUUGAAUGUUAUUGCAACAAAUAAGCUCCUCAGCCCCAAGUUUAGCCCCAAGUAUUACUUGGUACAGGUGCCGCCAAACUUUUUGAUUGCUCUGAAGUGGUGACGAGUAUCGGCGAGGGCUCGGAAACCGGCGGCUCGAUUGCGGUAGAAUGAUAGCUACGCAUUGACAUGACAGCAGCUAAUGUCACGAUCGCAAUCAUUUCUGAUUGGUGGAUGCUCUCUUACUAUUGGCUACAAUGUAUUGUCGCAACAAGAGUGCCAUAAAUUCAGCCAAUCACUACGAUUGCGAUUGUAAUAAUGAUUGAUGCAGUUUUCCCGCAAUUGAGCAGCUGGUUAAUUUUAUUAUUAUUAUUUAUUCCCAAGUGGGGCAAACUUCUUGAUGUAAUUGUACCGACACAAACACGCGGCCUACAGGUGUUUUUUCAAUUUCAGAACGAUCGCUAAGUUUGGCGUCACCAAUACCAGACUGAAAAAAUGGUUUCGGAUUCUCGAACAUUGAUAACGAAUUGGAUAUAAACCUUAUUUUAAAACAAAGAAAAUUUACUGCCAUUUUUGUUAGAGCUUAGAUUUAAUAAAAUGUUAAUAUUAUUAAUCUUGAGGGUCUUUCUACAUUUAUACGCGUUGAUUCAGUUUGAAAAAUAUUGCAUAGUCAGCCCAGUUCUUAAGUGUUCAGUUGUCGAAUCCACGCAAUUAAGUGUGAAAAGACUCGAUACAAUAAAUAUUAUGUUGAAUUGAAACGGUUAGUCAUAACCUAUAAUAUAAAAUUUGCAUUUUAUCUUGCAUUGUUACAGAGUUAGUUGUUUACAAGAUUCAUUAAAUUAUGGUUAAUAUUUUUUACUAAGUAUAGAAAGUUGAGACGGGGCACUGAAAUGGACAAAUACAAGUACGCUGGAAUAAGUGUGCCAUAACAAAUGAUAGUUAUUUUUUGCCGAUUCGAAUAGCGGUAGUUAAAAUUAACUCUUUAUAUCACUGUGUUGACUGAUGUCUCAUCAUUAAUAUUCAGGAGUUCCGACUUACGAGUUGUCGCUUGUACGUUCACAUGUCUGCAAUUGCAGGUCCAGCGUACUUGUAUUAUAGAGAUCAGUGCUCAUGAGGUAAUCUUGCAGUUUUAGGGUUCCGCACUCAGUAAUUGAAAAAACGGAACUCUUUUUUCGUGUGUAGGUAGAUAUGUAUUGAUGUACGCUUUUUGUACUAUGUAUUUAUUUUGUGCAAUUAAACCUGUAUAUAAAUCAG